AUGGUCGCCACAAGGCGCCGUAAGCCAAAUCUGCCUACACAGACCGAAAAAACGCCAGAAGAUGGUCCUGAGGAAGAACUGAAAACCAACGACGACACGAAGGAUGGGAAAGAGAACGUUGGUGACCUGCCGGAUAAAUCGGCAGAGAACGACACAGCCGUAGAGACCUCAGCGCCUCCAGAAGCUGUUCGGAAACGAGGCAAGAAGCAGUCUGCGCCCGAGGCUUCUGAGGAUGCUGCAGCUAAACGUGCAAAAUCGCCUGCUGCUCAGUCGGAAAAUUCGUCGAAACCAGGUCGCGCGAAGAAGACCGUAAAGCAUAAGAAGGCCAUUGGUGCCGGUGAUUCCGGAGCGACUCCCCCAAAGAGGCUGAAAGUCAUUGAUGAGGCAAUGGAAACCCCUGUGCCUUUUGACAACUCCUCUGAUUCUGAGACCGAGCAAGUAGCCGGCUCUUCAAAGCAAGUUCCCGCAAAGAAGCGCCCGGAACGCCGUGAUGUCGAGAUGGUGCCGUUUGAGAAUACGCCCGAGCCGGAGGAACAAAAGAAGGAGACGAAGCCGAAAACUAGCCCCAUCAAAAAGAGGCCGCAGCGCCGAUCUACGUUGCAGCCGAAGAGCUACGCACAGAAAAACGACGACUCGUCAUUUUCCGAUUUAUCAUCCGAAGAGAGCGUUUUCGAUACGUCCGCCGAGGAAGUUAUUGGCAAGAAAGGAAAGCGUGUCAAGAAACAUCAGUCCAGCUCUGAAGACGACGACGAAGAAGAAGUCGAUGAACCAGAUGCAACCCCGCCGCCGAAGCCUAAAAAGAAGCAGCGUCCCCAAGGCGUUGUGCGAUACAGGACCGGUGCUGCUGUCGAAGUGAAGCAGCCUAGGGCUAGCUCAUCCGUCCCAUCUUCUCGGCCCAUCACACCAGCUAGUGGAAACUCGAGCUCUAAUCCAUUGGACGCCGGUGACCCUUCCACUAGUUCGGCGAAAGGGGUGGGCCGUACCAUUGGACUUGACGUCAAGGCGGAGCAGGUCCGCGAAAAGCAAUGGGUGCUUGAUUGCUUCAGACUUUUCAAAGUUCUCGCCCGAGAUCGCAACGACGAGAUGUCAAUUGAUGAAGCCGCCGAAUUGGUCUAUGUGCUGAAGAAGCACGGCAGUAUCUAUACCUGGGGACGUAUCGCCACCGGUUUGCAGCGCAACAAACAUUACUUGGAUGCAGAGCGGGUCGCACAAAAAGAAGCUCCUGUGGCCGAACCCGAUUACAAAUCUUCCAGCGAGGAUGAAUGGGAAGAGAUGGAGGAGCUAGACGAGCCAAGCAAGAAGCCCGCUCCUAAAAAAGUCGAAAUUCAUUUUGAAAAGCGCAAAGCCGAAAUCAAUUGGGAGGUGAAAUGGCUUCGUCAGGAGGUGAACAAGCACGUGCGGGCCAAGUACGAGAAUGCGCAUCGCAUCCACCUGUUGGCCUGGAUCGGUUUUCUACGUCGGAACGUGAAGCAGGUGCUGCACGAGCAGCUCGUCCCGUCGCUAGCCCUGACCAAUAUUCCUUCAAGCUACUCGAAUGGUGGGGACGAGCCGAUCACAGAUGAACUCGCCAGGAAAUUUGCCAAAUGGAUCCAUCAGAAUUUCAAGGUCGUUGACGAGAUCAAGGCUUCAAAGGAGGAAUGGGACUGUCGCUGGGACGAGACGGCGCGUGCUGCUACCUCGAUCCGCGACCGUUGUUUCGAUUCGGAUUUGCAACGCGCCCUCGCCUAUUUUGUGCUCUUCCGCGCUGUAAACCUCGAAACUAGGCUCGUCGCCAAUUGCGAUGUCGUUUCGCGCAAGAAAGAUGACGGCGGCAAGAAGCAGCCCGCGGAGAAGAAAAAGAAAAAGAAAGCGCCGUCCAUCGAUGUUUUUUGCGAUUUUUGGAUUGAAUAUUGGUCCAAGGGCUUCAAGAAGUGGAUGUGUGUUAAUCCUAUCACUGGAGAAGUGGACAAUCCAACCGAAUUCGAGGCCAAGUUCUCGCAGCCUGUCCAUGCCAGGAACUACGUUUUCGGAUGUUCAAACAAUGGCCAAGUUCGUGAUGUCGGCGCCAGAUAUCUCGCCGCGUUUGGAACACCGAAUUAUCGGCGCGCGCGGACGGAUCAGGAAUGGCUUGAUCGUGUCUUCAGGGCCAAGGUCAUUCGAGCGGAUCGCACCAAGGCCGAGCUCGAGGAGAUGUACUUUAUGAAGACGUUGGCUGGCCGACCACUUCCCAAAUCCAUCGCCGAAUACAAGGAUCACCCACUAUACGUGCUCGAGAAGGAUCUGCUGAAAUUCGAGGCCAUCUACCCACCGCCGGAUGUUCAGAAACCGAUCGGCCAAGUGCGCGGCCUGAACGUCUACCCACGAUCCACAGUCUUUCACCUUCAAGGCGACCUGAACUGGAUUAAACUUGCCCGGUCGAUCAAGGAAGGUGAAAAACCGUACAAAAUCGUCAAGGCUCGGCCAAACUCCAAGACGGAACCGUACAAAGUGCCCGUGGUGGUGGAUGGCCGUAUCCCGCGAAACCAGUACGACAACAUCUACGUCUACCGCGAGUCGAUGAUUCCCGAUGGUUGCGUACACCUGAAUCUGCCGGGCAUUGUACAAAUUUGUCGCAAAGCGCAGAAAGAGCACGUGGCUGCCGUUGUUGGCUGGGAUUUCCAUGGCGGUUCGAAUCAUCCAAUUAUCGAAGGUGCCGUCGUGUUGGAGAAGGAUGCCGACAAGCUCGUCUUUGAGUGGGAGGCCAUGGAACAGAGGCGCCGCGAACGUGAAGACAAGCGCCGUCGCGAUCGCGUCCGCGCCAACUGGCACAAGCUCGUCUUUGGCAUUUUGCGCCUCCGUAAGCUGGAGCGGAAAUUUGGCAGGAAUCAGGGCUCCAAUGAAUCGAAGCAAAAGGCCGAGACCAAGGAUGAACUGGCCGAUGAAGAAGUUGAGGCCGAGAAUGCCGCCGCCUGGCCAGCCGCUAAAUUCACGCUCCGU